CCGAACUCAGCUGGUGGAGCAGUUCAAAUGUCUGGAGCAGCAGUCGGAGUCGCGCCUGCAGCUGCUGCAGGACCUGCAGGAGUUCUUCCGCAGGAAGGCUGAGAUCGAGCUGGAAUACUCCAGGAGCCUGGAGAAACUGGCUGAACGCUUCUCCUCCAAGAUACGCAGCUCCAGAGAGCACCAGUUCAAGAAAGACCAGCACCUCCUUUCCCCUGUGAACUGCUGGUAUCUGGUUCUGACACAGACCCGGCGAGAGAGCAGAGAUCAUGCCACCCUGAAUGACAUCUUCAUGAACAAUGUCAUUGUCCGGCUGUCACAGAUCAGUGAGGACGUCAUCAGGCUCUUUAAAAAGAGUAAGGAGAUUGGCUUACAGAUGCAUGAAGAGCUCCUGAAAGUCACCAACGAGCUCUACACGGUGAUGAAGACCUACCACAUGUAUCAUGCAGAAAGCAUCAGUGCUGAAAGCAAGCUGAAGGAGGCGGAGAAGCAAGAGGAGAAGCAGUUCAACAAGUCUGGGGACAUCAGCGUGAACCUGCUGCGGCACGAGGACAGGCCUCAGCGGCGCAGCUCCGUCAAGAAGAUUGAGAAGAUGAAGGAGAAGAGACAAGCCAAAUACUCUGAGAACAAGCUGAAGUGCACCAAGGCCAGGAAUGACUACCUGCUGAACCUGGCAGCCGCCAAUGCCGCUGUCAGCAAAUACUACAUCCACGACGUCUCUGACCUCAUCGAUUGCUGUGAUCUUGGGUUCCACGCCAGCCUCGCUCGGACAUUCAGGACAUACCUGUCUGCUGAGUACAACCUGGAGACCUCCCGCCAUGAGGGCCUGGACAUCAUUGAGAAUGCUGUGGACAACCUGGAUGCACGGAGCGACAAGCACACCAUCAUGGACAUGUGCAACCAGGUCUUCUGCCCACCGCUGAAGUUCGAGUUCCAGCCUCACAUGGGGGAUGAGGUGUGUCAGGUCAGUGCCCAGCAGCCUGUGCAGACCGAGCUGCUGAUGCGGUACCACCAGCUCCAGUCACGACUCGCCACCCUCAAGAUUGAGAACGAAGAGGUGCGGAAGACGCUGGAUGCCACGAUGCAGACUUUGCAGGACAUGCUGACGGUGGAAGAUUUUGAUGUUUCAGACGCCUUCCAGCAUAGCCGCUCCACUGAGUCGGUCAAGUCAGCUGCAUCAGAGACCUACAUGAGUAAAAUAAACAUUGCCAAGAGGAGAGCCAACCAGCAGGAAACUGAAAUGUUCUAUUUUACAAAAUUUAAAGAGUAUCUGAAUGGCAGUAAUCUUAUCACGAAGCUCCAGGCUAAACAUGACUUGCUGAAGCAGACUCUUGGAGAAGGUGAAAGAGCCGAAUGCGGAACAACCAGGCCCCCAUGUCUUCCCCCUAAGCCACAGAAAAUGAGGAGACCUAGGCCUCUCUCAGUCUAUAAUCAUAAACUCUUUAACGGGAAUAUGGAAACGUUCAUUAAGGACUCGGGACAGGCUAUCCCACUCGUAGUAGAAAGCUGCAUUCGUUACAUCAAUUUGUAUGGCCUCCAGCAGCAGGGCAUUUUCCGGGUUCCUGGCUCCCAGGUGGAAGUCAACGACAUCAAGAAUUCCUUUGAGAGAGGUGAAGAUCCCCUUGCUGAUGAUCAAAAUGAACGUGACAUAAAUUCAGUGGCUGGAGUCUUGAAGCUGUAUUUCCGAGGACUGGAAAACCCCCUCUUUCCUAAGGAAAGGUUUCAAGAUUUGAUAUCUACUAUAAAAAUCGAGAACCCCUCUGAGCGAGUGCACCAGAUCCAGCAAAUCAUCAUCACUCUGCCCCGAGCUGUCAUCGUUGUCAUGAGAUACCUGUUUGCUUUCCUUAAUCACUUGUCACAGUACAGUGAUGAGAAUAUGAUGGAUCCCUACAACCUGGCCAUCUGCUUCGGGCCCACGCUGAUGCACAUUCCAGACGGGCAGGAUCCGGUGUCCUGCCAAGCCCAUGUCAAUGAGGUCAUCAAAACCAUCAUCAUUAACCACGAGGGCAUCUUCCCCAGCCACAGAGAGCUGGAAGGACCUGUCUAUGAGAAGUGCAUGACUGGAGGGGAGGAGUACUGUGACAGCCCGCACAGCGAGCCGGGCACCAUUGACGAGGCCGAUCGUGACAAUGGCACGGAGCCGCACACCAGCGACGACGAAGUGGAGCAGAUUGAAGCCAUAGCAAAGUUUGACUACAUUGGACGAUCUCCACGAGAGCUUUCCUUCAAGAAAGGGGCCUCACUCCUCCUGUACCAUCGGGCAUCAGAAGACUGGUGGGAAGGGAGACACAAUGGUGUGGAUGGCCUCAUACCCCACCAGUACAUUGUGGUGCAAGACAUGGAUGAUGCAUUCUCUGACAGCCUGAGUCAGAAGGCAGACAGCGAGGCGAGCAGCGGGCCCCUGCUGGAUGAUAAAGCUUCCUCCAAGAAUGACAUCCAGUCUCCAACAGAUCACAUUGUGGACUAUGGCUUUGGGGGAGUGUUGGGCAGGUAGGGAAACUCUCCUUUUCCUGUGAACACAGUGGUGGUUGCUGUCGUGUGGGGAGUCAGUGUGUGGUGGCAGGGCA